AUGGCACAUCCCUCACAGCUAGGUUUCCAAGACGCAGCCUCACCCCUGAUAGAAGAACUACUUCAUUUCCACGACCAUGCGCUAAUAAUUGUUUUCCUAAUUAGCGUCCUAGUACUUUAUAUUAUUGUAGCAAUAGUAACUGCCAAAGUUACCAACAUGUUCAUUCUAGACUCACAAGAGAUUGAAAUUGUGUGAACCGUAUUACCAGCAGCAAUUCUAAUUCUCAUCGCGCUCCCCUCUCUACGAAUCCUUUAUCUAAUAGACGAAAUCAAUGAUCCACAUUUAACAAUUAAAGCAAUUGGACAUCAAUGAUACUGAAGCUACGAGUAUACUGACUAUGAAGACCUUGGAUUUGACUCGUACAUGAUCCCAACACAAGACUUAGCCCCAGGACAAUUCCGACUGCUAGAAACAGACCAUCGAAUAGUAGUACCAAUAGAAUCACCUGUACGAGUAUUAGUUACAGCAGAAGACGUCUUACACUCAUGAGCAGUCCCAGCCUUAGGAGUGAAAAUAGACGCAGUCCCAGGACGCCUAAACCAAACAGCAUUUAUCGCCGCCCGACCAGGAGUAUAUUAUGGACAAUGCUCUGAAAUCUGCGGCGCAAACCACAGCUUUAUACCAAUCGUAGUUGAAGCAGUUCCUCUACAACACUUCGAAAACUGAUCCUCAAUAAUGCUAGAAGACGCCU